GCGGUUGGUGCAAAAAUACGCACCAAGUGGGACCUUCUAUACAGGGUUUUCCCGCACACGAUCCUUCCCUCAACCAACCUAUUACCACAAUUCAUUCCACAACAUCAAUAGUACCCAGCAUGGCGACGCUCAGCUCGAUCGACAAGCGCGACGCGAUCGUGUACAACUCGGCCAGUCGAGGCCUCCAAGCCGCGGCCGUUGCCGGUGUCACGGCCGGCGCACUCGUGGCACUGGCCAACCAGCAGUCGACGUGGUUUCGCCACCGCCUUGGCGUCAGCGGCAAGGUCGGGCUGGCCGUCAUGGCGUCGGUCGCUAGCUUCGCCAUCGUCGCCGAGCAAGACCUCUUGCGCGGCGUGCGCAACCCGGACGCAUAUAUUUCUGAAAUGCACGGCGAGAGUGCCCCGACCGCCAAGACGACGAGUGACCUGCCGCUGCUGCAGCGCACGGCCAACUUUGUGUACGACUACCCGUUCCGAACGCUCGUGGGCGCGGCGGUGCCGCUCGUCGGGUUCAUUUUUCUGGACCAGAACCGCAACGCCAACAUUCAAUUCUCGCAAAAGAUCAUGCACACGCGCAUUUACGGCCAAGGCGCGUCCGUGGUGCUGCUUCUGAGCACGAUGGCCUUUCACGACUACAUGGCCAAGCGCGGUCGGUUCCAGUAGUCCAUAAUUUUUUACUAGAUAUUUUAUAUCGCUGAAAUGGAUUAUCGCCG